AUGUUUUCACAGCCGGUAUCACCAACGCCGCCUGGCUUAGCGACGUCGACGGUUUCGCCCUCGCCUUCCAGAACCAGCCGCCUGCGCGGCCUGAGCAUCCUGCGCAACUACACCCACAACCACCUCCUGUCGCGUGACAACAGCCAUCACGCCGUCAACAGCAGCAGCAGCGGCGGCAGCUCGCCCGCGACAAGCCAGUCUGGCAACGGCCUGACCCGGUCUGUGAGCUACUCGCCAGGCGCCACGACGACGACGACAACCACCACCACCACCACCACCACCACAAACGCCGGCCCCAACCGUUUAACUUUGGUGGCUACAAGUCCCGAAGCGGCCAGGGCAUCGCAGACAGGAGCUGCCAACUCGUCCUCGGCCCCCUCCAGCCCCUCUGCCGCUCAGGGGAACUCUUCUUCUUCAUCAUCAUCCGCUUCAUCUCCCGCAGAGACAGACGCCGACGAGACCGCAGCAAUGGCGAGAGGCAACGAAACCGGCUCUGGCUCUGCCGAUAUCCAGCCGUCCAUUCGCUUUUCCGCAUACUACGAUCCUCGUUCCACCAGACCCUCGCUGUCCUUCCCGCCCAUUUCGAGAACGAUGUCAAAUGGCACCGAAGUCAUCCGCGUUGGACGAUACUCUGAGCGUGAUAACCAUGCUCUAGCCAGCGUGUCCGGCAACCAAGCUUCUGCGGCCCCAGUAGGCUUCAAGAGCAAGGUAGUCAGCCGACGACACUGCGAGUUCUGGUACGAGAAUGGGAAAUGGUUCAUCAAGGACGUCAAGAGCUCGUCUGGCACCUUUCUCAACCACAUCAGACUCAGCCCGCCUUCGCAGGAGAGCAAGGCAUUUCCUGUCAAUGACGGAGAUAUCGUCCAGCUGGGCAUUGACUUUAAGGGCGGCGAGGAGAUGAUUUUCCGCUGUGUCAAGAUGAGGCUGGAGCUGAACCGCGGAUGGCAGACCAAGCCGAACACAUUCAACAUGGCUGCCCACAAGCGACUACGAACCAUGGCAUCAAAUGGAGGAGCUUCAGCGUCAGGCUCAAGCUCUCAGGACUGCUCCAUCUGCCUGAAUUCGAUUGCGCCCUGCCAAUCAUUAUUCGUCGCUCCCUGCUCUCACACUUGGCAUUUCAAGUGUGUGCGUGCCUUACUCACAUCGCCUCAAUAUCCCAUCUUCAUCUGCCCCAACUGCCGCGCGGGUGCCGACCUAGAAGCCGAUGUCGAAGAGCCCACAGAAGAGUGGCAGAACAUGGACGACUUUGAGGAACCCGAGCAACCGGUGCCCGUUACGGUCGCUCAUGCGACUGUUCCCGAGGUUGAAGAAGAAGCCGCACCCCCUUUCGCCUCACCGAUAGACGAUCCAGUCGAGGCAACGGUGCAGGAAACAGAUGCCAUGGAUGUGACCGUCAACAUUACUUCGGCCGCCAGUCCCACAAGCAGCCCGACGGCAUUACAUGCCACCUCCGAGCCGUUGCCCAUUAGGGGUGCUGGACGUGCUAGUCAUUUGCGAGAUAGCGGAACUCCGUCGCCACCAGGCGGCGGGGCAGAGGGAAUCAUCACACCGAGAAACAAUGCUGGGCCAUGGGUUUUUGACGGCAGAGCUGGCCGACAACCGCCCAACGGCACGGCCGAGAUGACGAGUCUCGAUUCGGCCGCAGAGGCUGACAUCACCACACAUGAGUCUAGCGACGAUGCUGCCAGCCGAUAG